AUGGAACGUUUCAGUGUUGCUGCAUCAGAAUAUCAUCUCAAAGAGGACAAGGACACUAACGUAGAACCUCCUAAUAGUCCGCGUCAUAGAAAGGUUCUUGCUAGAUGGGACCCGGCUAAAGCGAAGAGGCCAGUCAUUGAUGAAUCUCCUGUAUUCUACCCUUCAUUAGAGGAGUUUCAAGAUACACUUGGUUACAUAGAAAAGAUACGUCCAUUAGCUGAAUCAUUUGGUAUAUGUCGAAUAAUACCACCGUCGGGUUGGUCUGCUCCUUGUCGGCUUAAGGAGAAAAGUUUAUGGCAGGGUACAAAAUUCCCCACCCGUAUUCAGAAUGUAGACCUGCUUCAGAACAGAGAGCCCAUGAAGAAGAAGAAGAAACCUAGAGGAAGGAAACGUAAACGAAGAAGAAACUCAAGAAAGGGUUCCUCUGUCUCUGAAUCUGAAUCAGUUGCGACCAAACAGAGAUUUGGUUUCAACUGUGGUUCAGAUUUCACUCUAGAGGAGUUUUUGAAAUACGCUCUGUAUUUCAAAGACUCCUACUUCGAAAGGAAAUCUCCUUCUGUUGAAGAAGUCGAAGGAGAAUAUUGGCGCAUAGUCGAGCAACCAACUGAUGAAGUUGAGGUAUACUAUGGAGCAGAUUUAGAGAAUCAAGUACUAGGGAGCGGAUUCCACAACGGAGUGGAAAUGCUAACAGGAAAGAGUGAAGUAGACAAAUACAUAGUUUCUGGUUGGAACCUGAAUAACUUACCUCGUCUCUCUGGCUCUGUACUCUCCUUUGAGCCUUGUGACAUAUCGGGUGUUCUCGUGCCAUGGCUCUACGUUGGGAUGUGUUUCUCCUCGUUUUGUUGGCAUGUCGAGGACCAUCACUUAUAUUCGAUGAACUAUCAUCACUUUGGCGAGCCAAAAGUAUGGUAUGGAGUACCUGGAAGCCACGCAACCGCACUCGAGAAAGCCAUGAGAAAACAUCUACCAGAUCUCUUCGAUGAACAGCCUGAUCUACUUCAUGGACUGGUUACUCAGUUUUCUCCUUCGAUUUUGAAAGACGAGGGAGUCCCGGUUUAUCGGACGGUUCAGCAUGCAGGGCAGUAUGUUGUAACAUUCCCUAGGGCGUAUCACUCUGGAUUCAACUGCGGAAUCAACUGUGCAGAAGCUGUGAACGUGGCUCCUGUUGAUUGGUUACCUCACGGACAGAACGCUGUGGAAUUAUACAGUCAAGAGGCUAAGAAAACGUCUCUUUCUCAUGACAAGCUUCUUCUUGGAGCAGCUCUUGAAGCUGUUAGGUCUCUCUGGCAAAUCUCUGCUCGUGGGGAACAAAAUGAUGCAGAGAAUCUAAGGUGGAAAAGUUUCUGUGGUAAGAAUGGAACUCUUACUAAAGCAAUGGAGACUCGGUUAAGGAUGGAACAGGGAAGAAUUGAGUCUCUUGGAGAUGGUUUUAGAUUGCUAAAGAUGGACAAGGAUUUUGAUUCAAACUGCGAAAGGGAAUGCUUCUCUUGCUUUUAUGACUUGCAUCUCUCUGCUUCUGGCUGCAAGAAAUGCUCUCCUGAAGAAUAUGCUUGCAUGAAACACGUGAAGGAUCUUUGUUCAUGUGAAGGGAACGAUCGGUUCAUACUUGUUCGUUACACCAUAGAGGAGUUGAGCUCGUUGGUCAGAGCAUUGGAAGGCGAAACAGAGGAUCUUAAAACUUGGGCUUCCAUAGUCGCGCCAAAGAAAGAAGCUUUUGAUCUGAAUCUUGACUAUCAAAUGGAAGACGAGAUUAAUGCUUCUUCAGAGACCAGCGAUGAUGCAUCCAUGAAGAACUUUGUUGCCGAUGUCGAGCCUAUAAAUCUUGGGUUCUUGGUAUUCGGAAAGCUUUGGAGUAACAAGCAUGCUAUAUUUCCAAAAGAGUUUAAGAGUCGGGUUAAGUUCUAUAACGUGCAAGAUCCAACGAGAAUGAGCUAUUACAUCUCUGAGGUUGUAGACGCAGGACUUAUGGGUCCACUCUUCAGGGUUACUCUGGAAGAAUCUCAAGACGAGAGCUUCUCUAAUGUCUCAGCUCAGGAAUGCUGGGAAAUGGUGUUGCAGAGAGUUAACGAAGAGAUAAAAAAACACAGCAACCAAGAACAAAAUGUUCAUACUUUGGAAAGCAUCGAUGGGCUACAAAUGUUCGGUUUUCGCUCCCCGUCUAUCAUUCAGGCAACAGAGGCUCUUGACCCGAAUCAUCGCCUAGUAGAGUACUGGAACCAUAAGAAACAGAGGGAUUCACUGGAAAUGAAAGAUUGCUUCAUGUCAAACCCUUCCCCGAGCUUAACCAGAGGAAAACUUUUUGGAGUCUAUUUGAAGUGA